AUGGCAUCCUUUGGAGAGGAGCUCCUCACCACCGUAAAUAGGUUGCAAGACUUGGUCUUCAACACUAUAGGGAAUGAUUCCCUGGAUUUACCACAGAUUGUCGUUGUUGGAUCACAGUCAUCAGGAAAGUCCUCAGUACUUGAGAACAUCGUCGGCAGAGAUUUUCUCCCCCGUGGAAGCGGCAUCGUCACCAGACGGCCUCUUAUCCUCCAGCUCAUCAAUCUUCCCAGCGACAGAGACGACAAGCCCGAAAACGAUGAAGUCCACGUACCACACACUCCUGCAAGCGUAGCUGGACAGCAAGAAUGGGGAGAGUUCCUUCACCUCGGCGGAAAGAGGAUCUACGAUUUUGCGGAGGUGAAGCGUGAAAUCGAAGCAGAGACAGCAAGGAUAGCAGGAAACAACAAGGGCAUCUCCAGGCAACCUAUCAACCUGAAGAUCUACUCGCCGCAUGUCCUAAGUCUUACUUUGGUCGACUUGCCAGGUUUGACGAAGGUACCCAUUGGAGAUCAACCGACAGAUAUCGAGAAGCAGACCCGUAACCUCAUUUCCGAAUAUAUCGCAAAGCCCAACAGUAUCAUUCUGGCCGUCUCCCCAGCCAACGUCGAUCUAGUCAACUCGGAGGCUCUCAAACUCGCUCGGCAAGUCGAUCCAAUGGGCAAGCGAACCAUCGGUGUUCUUACAAAGCUUGAUCUGAUGGAUCACGGAACGAAUGCUAUGGAUAUUCUCUCUGGACGCGUUUACCCUCUCAAACUUGGUUUCAUCGGCAUCGUGAAUCGAUCGCAGCACGAUAUUCAGGAACGAAAACCCUUGGCAGAUGCAUUAGAUGCGGAACGAGAUUUCUUUAGACAUCACCCCGCCUAUAGAAAUAUGGCAAACCGAUGUGGCACACAGUUUUUGGCAAAGAGUUUGAACCAGACGCUCAUGGCGCAUAUUCGAGACCGCUUACCCGACAUCAAAGCUCGUUUGAACACUCUUAUGGGACAGACACAACAAGAGUUGGCAAGCUAUGGGGACGUUGCAUUCACUGGAAAGGAGCAUCGAGGCUCAUUAAUUCUGCAACUCAUGACUCGAUUUGCCUCCUCCUUCAUUUCUUCCAUCGAUGGUACUUCGGCUGAAAUAUCCACAAAAGAGCUGUGCGGUGGUGCUAGGAUUUAUUACAUCUUCAACUCAGUCUUUGGUAACGCCCUUGAACAAGUUGAUCCUACUCAGAACCUAUCGGUUCUCGAUAUUCGAACGGCCAUCCGGAAUUCCACUGGACCUCGGGCUAGCUUGUUCGUGCCAGAACUUGCAUUUGACUUGCUGGUGAAACCCCAGAUCAAGCUAUUGGAAAUGCCUAGUCAGCGAUGUGUAGAGCUCGUCUAUGAAGAGCUUAUCAAGAUCUGUCAUACUUGCGGUUCUAAUGAACUCAGCCGUUAUCCACGCCUUCAAGCGAAGCUUAUCGAAGUUGUCUCUGACCUUCUUCGAGAACAACUCGGACCUUGCGCCUCGUAUGUUGCAUCUCUGAUCGAGAUCCAAAGAGCAUACGUCAACACCAAUCACCCUAACUUCUUGGGUGCAGCAGCUGCCAUGUCUUCGGUCAUUGCUGAUAAGCAGGAGCGAGAGAAGAGAAUUGCCCUCGAAGCAGAGCGAAAGAAACGAGAGAAACGACGGAUCAAGGAGUUCAGUGCCCUUAACAAUGCAGAGAACCCUGAGAUUGACGAAGAUGCUGAAGUAUCUGGGGAGAAGCCUCACCCUAUUCGAAAGCAUCAAAGCCAGGCCAGCCGAAGCAUGUCGCCAGCAGUCGGCCGCUUGAUGAAUGGCUCUCACGGUACCCUAGGAGCAUUAAACGGCGCUCGAGCUCGAUCGCCGGCGCCUCAUGGCGGAGCCGCGGGAGCCGCUGGGGGCCCACGUGAUAGCUUCCUUAACUACUUCUUCGGCAAGGAGGGAAAUUCCCCAGCCGCCUCUCCGGUUGCUACAACUUUUGACAAUCGACCUGGAAGCCGUCAUGUCAGCCAAAACAUCGAGCCAAGCAUUGCACAGAGCAUUCGCCGGAGCGAAAGCAGACCACCUGCGCAUGUCCUGGAAAUGGUACCCGACGAUGAUAUGCCCCUUAGUCCCACCAAGGAGUAUGAAGGCGGUUUCCCAUCGGAAGCGGAAGCUGCUCCUGCUUUGACUGAGCGUGAGGCUCUAGAGACGGAGCUGAUCCGGCGCCUAAUCUCCUCAUACUUCAACAUUGUUCGUGAGACCACUGCAGACCAGGUUCCCAAGGCUGUUAUGCACUUGCUCGUGAACCACUCGAAAGACGUUGUUCAGAACCGACUCGUCAGCGAACUUUACAAGGAGAGUCUCUUUGAAGAGUUAUUGUAUGAGGACGAUACCAUCAAGGCGGAGCGGGAGAAGUGCGAGAAGCUGCUCAAGACGUACAAGGAGGCAGCUAAAAUUGUAGGAGAAGUGAUAUAA